AUGACCGCGGCUUUACCAAUGGACUCGUCCGCCACAGAUUCCGGCGCCCCAGCGCUGCCCGACCGACCCUCGACGUUAAACAACGUUGUCAAUCAGAAUGCAUCCAACUUUACAAACCAGAACCGCUUUGGAAUGAAUAACACACCUUAUUCGGGACCCUAUUCGUCAUAUUCGUCCCCUUACUCGAGGUUUGGUGGUGGCAUGUAUGGUGGAGGCAUGUACGGAGGCGGCUAUGGGUACGGCAGUAGCAUGUACGGCAGCGGCAUGUAUGGAGGAUAUGGAAACUACCCAGGGAUGCCAGGCGACCCCAAUAACCAAAGUCUGACCCAGACGUGGAACAACAGCACAGCCGCGACUUUUCAAAUCAUGGAAAGUAUUGUCGGCGCGUUUGGUGGAUUUGCGCAAAUGCUGGAGAGCUCAUAUAUGACGACGCGUUCUUCAUUUUUCGCAAUGGUCUCUAUGGCCGAACAAUUGGGAAAUUUACGUCAAACCCUUGGGUCAGUUCUCGGGAUCUUCACGCUCAUGCGAUGGAUUCGGACCCUGGUAGCAAAACUUACUGGUCGGCCACCACCUGCCGAUGCGACAGCCCUCACACCUGCGGCCUUCUCAUCCUUUCUCAAUGGUGGUCACAGUUCUACCCCUGCAACACUACCUGACGGUUCACCUGCACCGGCCCGCCCGUCAAGGAAACCGUUUAUCAUGUUCGCCAUUGCGGUCUUCGGCCUGCCCUACCUCAUGAGCAAGUUGAUCCGCGCCAUGGCCCGCUCUCAGGAAGAGGAAAUGCGUCGGCACCAGGAAACGGCGAUGCCAUACACCGUGGGUGCGAAUGGAGAACAAAUCCCCAUCGACCCCAAGAAACUCGAUUUCUGCAGAGUGUUGUAUGACUACACCCCCACUCCACAGUCUGGUGGAAUGGACCUCGAAGCAAAGAAAGGCGACUUUGUUGCAGUGCUCUCCAAGACGGAUCCCAUGGGCAACGCGAGCGAGUGGUGGAGGUGUCGCGCGCGAGACGGCAAGAUGGGAUAUCUCCCGUCUCCCUACCUCGAACCGAUUCAAAGACCCAUGCCAAAAGCCACGCCACAAAUCACAGAAGGAAAGGCCACUCCGCCGAUGAUGGAAUCGGACGAGAUGAUGGCUUCACACAAACCCAAACUUCUCCGGAACACAGGUGAAGUAGAGCCUGAGUCUCAGGCAGUGAUGGACGCGCUAGGCGAGCGAGACAAGGAGUAUAAGACGCGGUACAACACUCUAUAUGCGCCAGCGACGAUGAAGAAGCCGACUGUCGAUAUCAAAGGGCCACACAUGGACAGCAAACCCGGCGAUAUCACCCCAGAAAGUUUCCAGAAGAGCGCCUUUUAUUCUUAA